CCGUCUUGUUCCUCAAGUCGCUUUGAUCCAAGCUCUUAUAUCUCCAUCGACUAGGAGGAAAAGAACAAAUCGGAAAAGAUCGAAGUAACUCAAAAACAACUUUUGUCUCGCGAAAAACAGAUCUGAAGAUGGAGUGCGUGUUCGGUCUGGUCGGAAAUGGAUUCGCUAUCGUGGCGGCGGAUACAUCGGCGGUUCACAGUAUCCUUGUCCACAAGAACAACGAGGACAAGAUCAUGCUCCUUGACUCACACAAGCUCAUUGCCGCAAGCGGCGAGCCUGGUGACCGGGUUCAGUUUACUGAGUAUGUACAGAAGAAUGUGUCACUGUAUCAGUUCAGAAACGGGAUCCCCUUGACUACCGCUGCUGCUGCCAACUUCACUCGUGGCGAGCUCGCCACUGCUUUGAGAAAGAAUCCCUACUCUGUGAACAUCCUGAUGGCUGGCUACGACAAAGAAGCAGGCGCAUCGCUAUACUACAUUGACUACAUUGCAACUCUUCACAAGGUUGACAAGGGAGCAUUCGGUUACGGCUCAUACUUCUCUCUCUCCACGAUGGACAGGCACUUCCGCAGCGACAUGUCCGUUGAAGAAGCCAUUGAACUGGUGGACAAAUGCAUAACUGAGAUCAGGUCAAGGCUGGUGAUUGCACCACCAAACUUUGUGAUCAAGAUCGUGGACAAGGAUGGAGCUCGUACUCACGCUUGGCGUCAGUCUGUUCAAGAUGUCACCACUGCUUCUGUCUAAGUCUGUUAUGUUGUGUUUUCUACUAAGCUGGCAUUAGCUUCUUUUUCUUUUCUUUCUUUCAACUUUAGAAGCUUAUAUGACUUGUGUUAAACUUUGAAAUGACUUUCUUAUGAGAGAACAACCUAAACAUUUUCUUGUUCCACGAUU